AUGUAUAUUCGGACUCUCAGUACAGCUGGAAUUCUUUUUCUCUAUGGAGUGGUAAUUGUGCACGCUGCCAUUAACCUCGAUGGUACUCAGGCCGUGGAUCCCUUAAAGGAGGGAGAUCCUUCACCCAUCGGAGAUCUGGAUACCUACUAUCCUGAUCAGCACGAUUGUCCGCUUCCAUGUCUCGACUACGGAAACAUACAUAGCUGGAUCACAUAUCUUUCAACCGACCGUCUCACCCGCUGCAAAGAAGCUAUGCUCCUACAAUUCUCAGCAACAUUACCAUUAGACGACCCCACCACAAAUGUCUUGAUUCGAAGCUGUACACUUACAACUUCAAGCCCUGGAGUCAACUCUCGCAUCUUUUCCGGCGGAGACGUCAACUUAACGAAUGUGGACAAUCCAAAAAAAUCAAAUCGUCUCUCUCGUGUUCGGCUUGGGAGCACCUCGGCCUGCUCAUCCACCGGUACUCAGGUCCCAGAAGUGUUAGAGAUACAAGCCAGCGGUGGUGGUAGUAGGAAUGAUACUAGUGACGAGAUUGCGGGCGUUUUACUCGGCUUUCAGAAGUAUUUUAUUACUCGAGAUAACUGUGAUGAGAACUUCGCAUUUGCAUUCUAUGGCCAAACUGUCGCAAGCAUUUACAUUGGAUCAGAUUUGGCCAAACCUACUGCGUUAUCAGCUAUCAAAGCGCUGAUGCAGCAAAGUCAAGUUUCUGCAGCAAAUCGUACCAUUGUUCAACGAUGCGGUCUCCAAACCGGCUCGACUCGCACGUUUGGAGUUGCAAUUGACACGACUGGAGAUCUUGCUGGAGUCCAAGAAAUGGCAGCUAAUUGGGCCAAGGGUAACUGCGUGAGUCAAGACAAUCUCCAGCCCUCCGGGAGCGUCAAGAUCAACCUCUUCAAUCUCUCCGGCCCUGGUGCUGCAAAUAACAUCACACUCAGUAGUAACAGCACUCUGAGUAGCAACGGAACUCUGACAGGAAGGUCAAUUGCUCAUAAUGUCAAGCGCGCCACCUGUCGCUACAUCCAAGUAGUCGCCAAUGAUGGCUGUGGUAGUCUGGUCUCUCGCUGUGGAAUCUCGGCCGCCGACUUUACCAAAUUCAACCCCAAAGCCAACUUGUGCUCUACUUUACAAGUCAAGGACUACGUGUGUUGCUCGGCAGGAGAUCCAUACACGGAACCAAAACCUGAUCCGCCGAAGCCUGGCGCCGACGGAGUUUGCGCUACUCAUCUUAUUCAGAAUGGCGACACCUGUGAUAGCUUGUCUAAAAAGUACGGUGUGACGAUUGACGACCUAGAGCGAUGGAACAAAUUCAAGACCUGGGCUUGGACUGAGUGCAAAGCGAUGCUUCUGGGGUACAACAUGUGUGUUAGCAGCGGGGAUGCAGCCUUACCACCAUCACAAGCUGGGACUGAGUGCGGUCCACUUGUUCCUGGCACCCAGCGGCCUGCCAACAGCGCCACAUCCAUCGCCGACCUUAAUCCGUGUCCUCUCAAAGCCUGCUGCAGCAAUUGGGGAUAUUGCGGUGUGUUCCCCGCUCAUUGCGAUGUUCACACGCCGCUCGCUGGAGGACCUGGAAGUGUAACCCCCGGCUUCCUAUCCACGUGUGUGUCAAACUGCGGAGUGGAAAUUAAGCUUAAUUCGGCUGCACCCGCUGCUUUCCAGCGCAUCGGUUACUACGAGUCGUACAGUUUCGAGCGCGACUGUUUGUGGCUGAAGGCUAAAAACGCAAAUACAGAUGGCAGUUACACUCACAUCCAUUGGGCUUUUGCCGAUAUCGAUCCUGCAACAUGGAAACCCGUGAUCAAAGAAUCGUCCAAAGGACAGUGGGCUGAGUUCAAGGCUUUAAAGAAUGUCAAGAGAAUAGUCUCCCUCGGUGGGUGGGCAGCUUCAACAGAGCCAGCAACUUACAACAUCAUUCGCUCAGCUAUCAUUAGCAACCGCAAUUUGUUUGCUAGCAAUCUCGCUACGUUUGCGAAGACUGAAGGCAUCGAUGGCAUUGAUAUCGACUGGGAGUACCCUGGUGCUCCAGACAUUCUUGUGGGUGGGGAGCCUAUUGGGAAAAAAACCGAUGGUCUUGACUACCUAAAGUUCCUCACCAUUCUCAAGCAGCAGGCAGGCACAUCAUUGUCUGUUUCCAUUGCAGCGCCAGCGUCGUACUGGUAUCUCAAAGGCUUUCCCAUUGACCGUAUAGCAGCGGUGAUAGACUACAUCGUCUACAUGACUUACGACUUGCACGGCCAGUGGGAUUAUGGGAAUCCAAAUGCUUACGACAAGUGCGAUUCGGGCAAAUGUAUCCGUAGUCAUGUGAAUCUGACAGAGACUCGCAAUUCUCUUUCCAUUAUCACCAAAGCGGGAGUCGCAAAUAGUAAAAUCUUUGUCGGCGAAGCAAGUUAUGGGCGAUCUUUUCGUAUGGCAACCGACGGCUGUUGGGGGCCAAUGUGUGAAUUCACGGGCUCUAGAACACAAUCCGAUGCGCAUCCAGGGCGUUGUACGAAGACUGGAGGAUAUCUUGGUUUCGCAGAGAUCAAUGAGCUGAUUCGUGCUGGUGGGGUUCAAAUGUUUCAUGAUGGAGAAUCUAAUACGGAUAUCAUACUUUACCAAGGCGACUAUGUUAGCUACAUGACACCGACUACCAAGGAGACAAGGCGGGCUGAUUGGAAGGGUUUGAACUUCGCCGGAAGUAUUGAUUGGGCUGUGGAUCUCCAGUCAUUCACUGCAGAUGACAUGGCUAUACCACCCGAUCGGCCAACAGACGGGGAAGAAGGUUGCGUUGAGGGAGAAGAUAUGACCACCAAUUCAGGGGAUCUCUGUGAGUUCUCAUGCAGUCUUGGUUUCUGCCCCACAUCCCUGUGUAGGUGCACAUUUGAGGACGUAGUAAGUCCGCUCCCUGACGCGAGGGACGCGUCAAAUAUUAUCGCCUGGGACGAGUCUGUCGUUGACCUUAACCGUCUUUGUUUAUUUGGUUGCAAAUAUGGCUACUGUCCUGACGACAUCUGCACCACAAUUCCUACAGACGAUAUUGUCGUAACAGACGACGAUGAUCCCAACGUUAUAGAUUAUGACUCUAUCGACCAAGCGAAUAUGAAGGUGUGUCAACUCUUUAAAGACAGAUCAAUGCGAGACGCGAGCGCUACGCAAUGCUAUAACACGGCAUGCAAAAGCGCUAUCGAAGCAAACCGAGCAGCAGGACUUCCGACAAACUGGGGAUGCAUAGGAAGAACUCCACUGAACGAACCUAUUCCUUGGACCGCUGUGCCUGGGAAAAGUACACUUACCGCACCCGGCAUGUGCUUUUGCAACAACUACCUUCUGAAUGAACUUGCGACUACUAUUGCCGAAGCCUUACCGAUAAUAGCACAGAUUGGCUGCUAUAUCCUUAUGUCGGCGAUCAAGAUAGUAAUGGAUAUUGGGGUACAGGCCAUUCCCGGAGUAGGGAAAGGUAUGGAUGCUGGCUUAGAUAUGGCUACAACGGCAGCACAGAUGGCCGCUUACGCUUAUCCCGAAGAAGAAGAUCCUGAGGGGGCUUUCUCUUGGUGGUUAAGCCCUUGUGGGGGGACAAAUCUCGUACCGGAAGAGCUUAAAAAAGCUUUCAAUAUUCUCAGCACCGUAGCUGGUGGAGUUUCAAAUUUCAAGGUGCCAAAGAACGUGCCAAAAGGCAGCGGCAAGAAAGGGGACGAAGCUAACCCAACUGAUCGAGCUAAGCCCAAGCCGUCUGGCAGUGGUUCUGGAAAGAACAAAGGAAAGUGCACGAUCCCUAAAGCGAAGCAAUCUAAACGAACAAUCAAUAAACUUGUGGAGGAAUCUUGUGUUGACGAAAAGACGGUCGUGAAGGAAUGGCAUAUUACAUCGGUUAUAUACGCUGCGAAUGCAGUGGAGACCCUCGUGGCAAAGCCAUGCAAAGCAAGCUGGCCACAGGCGUGUCACCAUUACCGCUCUGCUAUAAGCAUCAACCCAUCAUGGGCCACAUUGACAUGCCCACCUGAAGCAGGAGCCACGCAGAAGGCGGUGCUAGACAGAGAUGUGGUGAGUGCGUGGAGAUCGAAUCAUCGCGGCAAUGGCUGGAAAAACGUAGACGCCACCCCUCGAAGCGAAAAGUGUGGUGUUGAUGAGUACCCCCCAAUAUAUAUGCUGAGCGAAGAUAGCCCCGCUUAUGUGGGUGCUGGGACUAAGAGCGUAGGUGGUCAGCUGGCGCGACUUCUGCCCGGUACUCAAAACUCAGGGGCUGCAUCGAUGUGGAAAAGCAUGUGCUUCAAUAUCCCUGCCAAAGAGGUCUCGGAUCGGGACAUGAAGGACCAGAUUGCGUUGGAUCCUGACAAGAAAUACGGCGAAGUAGUUGCAGGCGACAAGCGCACAUUCACAUAUUUGGGCGCUGUCAAUGUCAGAACGCGGCCCAAGUUCACCAUCUCUUCUUGGCCAGCCUCGGCUCCUAAUGAUGGCUUGAAUAACAAUCCUUGCUGGCCCAGUGGUAGAGCUCCGGAAGAUCCAGCUUAUGCUUUGAUCGCCGUAGACCCUUAUUAUACAGAUAAAACCCGACCCUACGAUUAUACGAAGCCUUAUGUUCCUGGUCAAAAUGGGGUUUGA